AUGACCCUCAUCAAGUUGCAAACCGAAGACGAGGGCGUGGUUGUUUUUGCACCUACUCCGUACGGCAAGGAGAGCCAAUCUGCGCUCAAGCUCCUGGCUGGAGACACUCCUAACGUCAAGUACUUGGUGGCUCCUGAUUUCGAGCAUCAUAUGGCUCUCAAGGGUUGGAAAGAGGCCUUCCCUCAGGCUCUCAUCAUCGGACCCGAAGAGCUGCGGGCCAAAAAGAAGAAGGAAGGACUCGAUAUCGAUAUUGUACUGAGACCCCAGGACGGACACAAACUGCUCCAGGGCAAAACCCUGGCUGCCAUUGGGUUUCCCGAGGAGCUGGUGGCCGAGUUUGAUGUCAUGUACCUUCCCAGCCACCAGAACAAGGAGAUUCUCAUGUAUCACAAGCCCAGUGAGACGCUGAUGGAGGCCGACGCGAUUUUCAACACCCCUUCCUAUGAGCAGUACAAGGACUGUAGCACCAAUCCCCGUGGAUUCAUCUUUCCCAACAUUAUGAACAAGAUGGGCUUUGAGGGUUGUCUUCAACGAACAAUGCUUCCCAAAAUCUACAAGGACAAGUCUGCUGCUCGGGAGGCGUUCAAGCAGCUUAUGGAGCUGGAUAUUCAGCGGAUCAUACCUUGUCACGGAGAGCUCAUAGAGUUCCCUCCUACUGAGAUGCGAGCCAAGCUUGCCAAGUUGGUUUCCAAGUUGUAG